AUGAGCGAAGGAGAUACAGGCGCCGUGCGGGCCGGCGGAGUUGCAUCAGGCGACUCAUUCAACCGCCGCGAACAAGCAUUGGAGAACGUAUACUUCAGACAGCACGAGCUUGAUAACAUCAAGAAAAUGAAAGAAAAGCUCGCCGCUCAGCGGAAACACCUGGACGAGGUCGAGAGCCAUCUCAUCGAGAUGGAGCAAGCUGCCUCACAGAGAGCGGCUGCUGAGCCAGAGAAUACUCAAUGA